AUGUCUUCUGGGAGUGAAGGUAGCCCAGGUAGCCCACGAAGUCCAACAAAUAAUUCAGAUGAAGAAUCAAGUAAUGAAUCUCAAAUAUAUAAGUUGAUAAUGGAAGUCGUGAUACCGUAUUUUUUUCCUAUUCGGGUUCCUCGUAAUACGUCUAUGCUUCGUAGAAAUGAUUGGGUAGGUGAGAUACUUCACGGCCAUGAUGGAAGAGUGAUUAAGGCAUUAAACUUAUUGGCAAUUGAGGUGAUAACUCCUCCAAACUUCAACGAAAUACAUCCAAAAAUUGCGGAGGAGCCGGACUUUGCGUUCUUCGAGGAUGCCAUUGGUGCAAUUGAUGGAACAUUAGUGCCAGCAUGGGUUCCUGCCUCUAGACGCAAUGCAUAUAGAUCAAGAAAGUCACACGUGUCGCAGAAUGUCCUUGCAAUAUGUGAUUUUGAUCUUAUGUUUACAUACGUGUAUGCCGGAUGGGAGGGAAGUGCUAAUGAUGCUUUGGUACUUCGUAAUGCCAUUGCUAAUGAUCCAAUGUUUCCUUUUCCACCACAUGGAAAGUAUUAUCUUGUUGAUGCUGGUUAUACGAACUACAUGUGUUUCCUUGCGCCGUAUAGAGGUUGUAGGCGCCAUAUAGAAGAAUUUAAUAGAGGUACUCGAGCAAUGACCGGACCAAACGAGAAGCGCUUUCCAAUUCUCGCAUGGGGAAUGCCAAGCUACAGGAUUAAUAGGCAAGUGCAAAUGGUCAUUGCUUCUUGUGUCUUACACAACUAUAUCCGAAAGUUCAGUCGCGAUGAUGAAAUUUUCAACAAGGAACUUGAACCGGAAGACGUAGAUGUGGAUACAUUCUACCACAAAGGUCAUCCAAGCCAAGCUAUGGUUCAAGCUCAAGCGCUAUUUAGGGAUGGAAUUGCACAUUCCUUGUGGGAACAAUAUCCAGCUUCUUGA